UCGUCUACAGUAGUUUUUCGGUCGUGGUCGUGAUCGCUUUCGAGAGUGUUUUAUAAAAUUUCGUCGCGUUCCAUGUGUGAAAAAACGCUCUGGUAAAACAGAGGAAAAGCUAACGAGCAUUCUUUUUCUUUCUCCGGGUCGUAAAAUACGUGUGCUGUUCACAUGUUGGUAGGUGAAUUGAAUAAAAAAAAUCCGGUUUGUGUUAACGAAAUGUAGAAUAGGAAGCAUCUCGUUUGCCUUCUAGAAGUAAGCGAAAAAGUUCCAGCGUUGAAUCUUUUUUUUUCGCUUGUGCAAAAACGUGAGACAAUCCCGCGAGUGAGUCAGCAGCAGUGCCUGCUGCUAGUUCCGUGGCAAAAGUUAACGCUGGUGACUGUGAUCGACUCCAGUUUGCAGUAAGGGUUUAGGUGGUGAAAGUGAAUAUCCGACAGCGGGGAGAAAUUUGUUCAACCUCUGUAGACCAGACGGUGUACGAUGGUUAACUUGGGUAGCAGUCCCAGCAAUAGCAAUAGUUCGGAAAGCAGCCAAGUAUAUCCCGGGGUGCACUAUUUGCACGAGUUGCCCCAGGCGGACGAGGAGCGGCUGGAGAAGAUUUUCAACAAACUCGACCGAGACGGGAAUGGCCGCAUCGAUAUCCACGAUUUGUCCGCGGCGCUGAAGGAAUUCGGACUGUCCCAUGCGUAUGCAGAGGAAUACGGACACUCGUUAUUUUUUCAGCGUUUUCUCAAGCAAUCCGACCAGACGCAGAGCGGCGAUGUCGGUCUGGCUGAAUUUAUCCACUACGUGCGGGAGCACGAAAAAAAUCUCCGCCUGCAGUUCAGCAAUCUGGACAAGAACCGUGAUGGGAUGGUGGAUUUGGAGGAGCUGAUAGUAGCCUUUAAGGAUCUAGGCAUUGAAAUGGACCGGCACGAGGCGGCUAAGUUACUUAAAAGGAUGGACAAAGAUGGCAGUCUCAACAUAAGCUUCAACGAGUGGCGAGAUUUUCUUCUCUUGGCACCAUCUUCCGAUAUACAUGAACUCGUCAGAUACUGGAGGCAUUCUACUCAUUUGAGAUACAAUGAAGCGUAUCUGGUGAUGAUAGGUCGAAAAAUGAACUCGGAAAUAAUGCCUUCCAUCAAUGAUCCUCCACUUCCGAUUAUUGUGCCGACAUUUGUAGCAAAUAGUGAUAGCAAAAAUGAAGUCGGUGCUACCGAGACUAGUACUAAUAAGACUACUACCAACAUCAACACUACAACUACCACCAAUAGUGAAGUCCUGGUGGGGAAGACACCCGACGAAGACCCUGAACUUUCCUUGCUAAGUCUGAUCGAUCUCGAAGAAGCAAUUGCGCAUGUCACUGAGCUGAUACUGAACCCCAAACUUUUGAAUCGAAAUCCCUCCAUUGCCGGUGUGCACAAGUGCUACAACACACAUCUGCUGGUGGAUGGUAAGUACUUGGACAUCGGUGAAGAUCUGAACGUACCUGAUGAUUUCACACAGAGCGAAAUGCAGAGUGGCAUGUGGUGGCGACACCUGGCUGCUGGAGGAAUUGCGGGUGCUGUCUCGCGAACAUGUACCGCGCCACUCGAUCGGCUCAAAGUGUUCCUGCAGGUUCAAUCCAGCAAACAGCGAAUCUCAGACUGUCUGCAGUACAUGCUCAAGGAGGGCGGUGUGCAGAGCCUAUGGCGAGGCAAUUUCAUUAACGUGCUUAAAAUCGCACCCGAAUCGGCCAUCAAGUUUGCCGCGUACGAACAGGUCAAACGGUUGAUCCGUGGCAACGACAAACGCCAGAUGACCAUCUACGAGCGGUUCGUUGCGGGCGCCUGUGCCGGAGGCGUCUCCCAAUCCGUCAUCUAUCCACUAGAAGUAUUAAAAACCCGACUAGCGUUAAGAAAAACCGGACAAUACAGUAGUAUAAUGGACGCGGCCAGCAAGAUCUACCGCCGGGAGGGGCUGCGCUCGUUCUACCGUGGCUACAUUCCAAACAUGCUCGGCAUCAUACCGUACGCCGGUAUCGAUCUGGCCGUGUACGAAACGCUGAAGAAGAAGUAUUUGAGCCACCACGAGACGGAGCAGCCGAGCUUCUGGUUGCUGCUGGCGUGCGGUAGCGCCUCCAGUACGCUCGGGCAGGUGUGCUCGUACCCGCUGGCACUGGUGCGGACCCGACUGCAGGCACAAGCGGUCACCAUCGGUUCGCAAAAUCCAGCGGACGGACUCACGGCCCAGGUCCAGCCGAACAUGUCGAACGUGUUCAAGCGAAUACUGCAAACCGAGGGCCCACUGGGACUGUACCGGGGCAUCACGCCCAACUUCAUCAAGGUGCUGCCGGCCGUCUCGAUCAGCUACGUGGUGUACGAGUACUCGAGCCGCGCUCUCGGAGUGAACAUGACGUGAUUUGCUACGGCUUGGGUGAUCGUUUCUCAGCCGCUACCGCUGCUACUAGCUCCGCUCUUCAUGCUGCAACUAUUGAUCGCCGCUGUUGUGGUGGCUAUUAUAUUAACAGUCAUUUCCGUCGUCUUUCGCCAUCGUUAUCGUCAUCGCGCUAUUCCUGCUGUGGCCGUCGCUGCCGUUUCUUCGACGAAGCAGCGAGUUGGUGUAUUCAGCCUUGGAAAUUGUUUUCCAAACAUAUCCCUCUACCAUCUUGUCGCUACUGGAAACCGUACUCAAGACGUCUUGAAGGGAACGCAAGGAAAACAUGGAACAUUCUUCAUUAUAAAACGAGCACUUCUUGAAAAAGAAAUGGCAGCAAACACCCACACAGGCCUGUGCUUUUCUUUUCUUUUAAGGUGUACAUACUGCAAUUUAAUUUAUUUUCCAAUCUAUUUUUAUAACUAGUAACAAAUUGAAGCCUUUUUUAGAGAAAACUAAAGCAAUUAGUUCUUUUUUUAAUCUUUAGUGCAAACCCCAUAACAAGAGACAAUUUUUAUUUCGAUUCCAUUGUUAAUUGCGAAGUAAAGCAAAAGCUAAAGUGUAUUUUUUCCAACCGAUUCGUAUAAGUCUCUCUAAAAUCCCCGGUUAAAUAUAAUAAACUUACAUAAUAACAAGCAAAUAAUCCAGCCGGAUCAGAAAACAUAUAAGCGAAGCUUAUAAUAGCAGUUAACAAAUAGGAACCUUUCUCAAUUUAUUUAUUUUCCUUUUUAGUUCAGCAUUAGAUGUAUUAGCAAAUUUUCAAAUAAUAGGAGGAUGUCAUUUUUUCACUGUCGAGAAAAGCAACUGGUGUCAAACUUAGCAUCAUAGAAGACUAGCGAUAUUGAAGAGCAGGAAAAUGAUGACGCGUCGUCGGGUUUGCACCGCUGAAUCUGCGUGUGCCUUUCGGUUAGGUCAGAAUAGAGAGAUGUCCGCCGUCUCCUUUUCGAGGGUGGUGUUCUAUCGUUGCGUGAUUCCUGCGGCCGGCUCCGCGGGGAAGGUCAGCGAAGGUGCUAUCCUCUUCGUAAGGGAGUGGCUAUGCGGAUUAAUGGAUGUGUGGCGAAUGUGAGUGAGCGAAUUGUGCAUGCAAGUGUGUGUGUGGGAGGAGGAAUAGAAAGGUCUAAGAUUUUUUUUUGUAAUGCGCUUUUCGUUUAGCUAGAAGUUUCCGAAAGUAAAUCAUGCAGAUAAGGAAGGGAGCAAAGUAUGAAAAUUAUCAACAUUUUUUUUUAUCAAUUUACUAGAUAUGAAGUUCGUAAAAUUGCUCGAUAUUUUUAAACGGCGUAGAAGUUGGAAGUUCACGAGGUGCAUAUUUUUCUUGCCGAAAAUGCAGCCUCGUUUUUCAGUCAUUUACUAUAUAAGGGUUCGGAUAAUCGUCGAAGUGGUUCUGUAACGGCACAAUAGAGGAUUAAUGAGCGAAGACAGAUCUGUUGAUGUGAAAAUAGUUAUCAUCGGUAACUAGAAAUGACUAAAUACUAAAAGAUACGAACCUUUUUUUUUGAAAUAUAACGAUUUAUUUGGAAUUGAAAA